AUGGACGUCGUUGGACUUCAGGAGACCCUCUGGUUUGGAACUAAUUCCUACCAAGUCGACGACUGUCUCGUCUUGGCGAGUGGCCGUCCGACUCCGUCUGAUGGGGAGUCGGCGCGGCGGGGUGAAGGAGUUGCAGUUGUAUUGCGCGGUCGUUGCAGGGACGCAUUUGUUCGCGGUGGCUCGCAGUGGAAGGGGCACAGCUCGAGAUUGGUUUCCGCCAGGGUCAAGUUCGAGUGUGGACGGAACCGUUCGCCGUUGUGUAUUCAAAUCGCCGUCGGAUAUGCACCGACGUUCGCCAGACCGCGCGCUGAAAAAACUGCGUUUUAUAACAGCUUGCAGACCUUCAUUGACAGCGUUCCAAAGUCAGACCAGUAUUGCAUUCUUGGUGACUUCAAUGCUAGAGUUGGAGUUGGCGAGGUGGAUGAUGAGUGGAGUGACGUGCGGGGGCAGCAUGGUUUUGGUCGUAUGAACUCAGCAGGAGAGGAGCUGCUCAAUUUCUUGGCACGAAAUGGAGCUGUUGUAUGCAACACAUUAUUCAAGAAGAAGGAAAUCCAUAAACAUACCUGGUUUCAUCCACGCUACAAGCACCCGCACUGCAUUGAUUAUUGCAUCAUACCACAAGCACAUCGGUCGCAGUGUUUGGACUGCCAAGUAAUACGUAAUGCGGAAUGCGACACUGACCAUAAGUUUCUAGGCAUGAAAUAUCGUCUAGGUGCCUUGCCCAGUUCACAUGUCUCCCGCAAUGGUGUUGGGCGAUCGAAACCCAUUGCUGUGUCGCGCCUGCGUAGUGGUGCUCCGGAGGAUAUGGAGGUUGCGCGUGAGAGAUUCUCCAAGGGCAUGGAUGCUGAGCUGGAGAAGGUUUGGACCCCGAAUCCGUCCAUCGAGGAGUGGUGGAGUACCCUCAGGACGACCACCAUCAACGUUGCCAGCGACUGCCUGGGUCGGGAGAGGCGCCGACAGCCAGAAUGGUUUACAGACAAGCGCACUGAGAUCGAGUCGGUACUCCGUGAUCGGGACAGUUGUUACUCAACCUGGAUGUCAACGCGGAAGGCCAGUGAUCUGGAUUUGUACAAGAAAUCUCGUAGUGCGGCGCGGUGCACCAUGCGGAGGCUGAAGCGAGACUGGCUGCUGAGACAGGCAAAGGAUUGUGAAUGGUUUGGCUUGACGGCGAAGAGCGGUUGGGAGUGUAUCGGUAACAUUAAGACCACCUUGGGUGGUAUGCGUCCCCGUGCAGCAACUGCUAUCAGAAACAAGCAAGGAGAGAUCUGUGACACGGCAGAGGCCACCGGUGGAAGGUGGCGUGAACAUUUCGAUGGCCUCCUGAACAUUGCCAGUGCUUACGACUUGGAGGUAGUAGAUUCGAUCGAGCAGCGGCCGGUUAUGACGGAGCUUGGUGUCGUGCCUGAGUGUGAUGAGAUUUGGCGUGCAUUGCGAGGGAUGAAGUGUGGCAAGGCAUGCGGCGGAUCCGAGAUAUCUGUGGAGAUGCUGAAGUACGGUGGCCCUACCCUGAUUGCGAGGUUGCAUGAACUGAUACGGGUGGUGUGGGAGACUGGCAGCGUUCCGCAGGAUUGGUCUGAUGCUAUCCUCGUCCCCAUCCCCAAGAAGGGUGACCUGGGAUCUUGCGACAACUGGCGUGGGAUAUCGUUACUGGAUGUGGCUGGAUAG